CUCAUCAGUGCUCGGUAGAGCUUGCGCUUGGCAGCCUGCACAGCAGCAGGUCAGGCUCGGCUUCAAUGGCCUCGAAACGAAGGCAGUCUACGCUUCAGUAUGGCCUCCACAAGGUUCCCCAGAGUUUCCAGAACUUGGCGAGCAUGCUCCAGCUUGGCGACAAUGUCGACGAUACCAAUGACAUUGAGGACGGCGCAUCUCAGCGCACGCGGGAUGAGUCACUCGAGCGACAGCAUCAACGGCGGCCUAUCAAACAGAGUCAAUCACUCUUCCAUAUCGCCGGACUCGUCGACAACUCGGGCGGCAGAUUCGAAAGAUAUCGAAUGUCAGACGAUGAGCUCAAGACGAUCAAGAAGAAAAAGAUUAGAGAGUUCUACGAAAAGCAGAACGAGAUCCUCGACUACUUUGCAGAGGUAGACGAGGUCCUCGACGCGACUCACGCCUCCGCCCUUGCCCCCCAAGAACCGCAAGCUGCUGGCUCGCCCUUCUCGGAAUCCUCGCCGCUCUUACCAGUCGCACGCGAGGACUACCGCUCAUCUCGCGCGAGAGAGGGCGAUAAACUACAGGAAGACGUCAAAUGGGCCAUCGCCGUCAAUCUCAUUAUCAAUGUCAUCUUACUGCUAGGCAAAAUCGUCGUGGCACUCCUCUCGAAUUCAAUCUCGCUCGUCGCAUCUCUCGUUGAUUCUGCCAUGGACCUGCUCUCCACCGUCAUCAUCUGGGUCGCCUCCCGAGCCAUGUCUCAGAAGGAUUGGAAGUCACAAUACCAGUGGCCAGUUGGCAAGCGUCGCAUGGAGCCACUCGGCGUCGUGGUCUUCUCUGUCUUCAUGAUUGCCAGCUUUGCACAAGUCUUCAUUGAGUCACUUCAAAGACUUGCCAACCCUGGCGAGCUGGCCGUUAAUAUCCCCUUCCCGGGCAUCUGUGUCAUGGUCGGAACAAUCGUCGUCAAAGGGGGUGUGUGGCUGUACUACCAUCGCGUGAAUAACACGAGCGUCAAGGCUCUCGCUCAAGACGCCGAGAACGACAUGGUCUUCAACUUUUUCUCAAUCGCCUUUCCGUACAUCGGCCAGCUCUUAGGGCUUCCAUGGCUUGAUGCGGCAGGUGGUCUCCUACUGUCUGUCUACAUCAUCCUCGAAUGGUCGGAAACGCUGUUCAGCAAUCUCUUCAAGCUUACAGGCAGGCGCGCCGGUCCUGCGCAACAUCAGCGCAUGAUCUAUCUCGCCACCCGAUUUUCACCCCUCAUUAAGGGCGUGCAGUACAGCUCAGUCUUCUACCAAGGCGAUAGACUCGUCGUCGAGACCGAUGUCGUUGUGCCGCCUGACACUCCUCUGCCACUCUCGCACGACGUAGCAGAGGCAGCCCAGUAUGCUAUCGAGAGUCUAGAAGACGUAGAGCGCGCCUAUGUCCAUGUUGAUUUCAGUACAACCAGCCCGUCUGGACAUGCGGAGCGGUAGCAAUAUUGUACAAGCUACAGCAUUUGCAUUGUAAAAUAGCGCACGAUCUCAAUCUGAGAACUUCCUUUGCCAGGCCGGAAAAUCUGUUUCCAACCAAGAUUUGACAAAC